CUUCGCAUCCAGCCGGAAUCGCGCGUAUCGUUCUAGAAGCUUUUUCGAAGCGUUGCCUACUCUCUCUCGAUCAAGACCUAUUGAGAGACGACAGAUCAGUUCGUGUCGCGGCCAGCUGAUAUACAGCAGUUCUGAAUUUUCCUUCGCCCGCCUAUGACAAUUGUCAUCUCUAACGUAUGAGAUCUUUAGACCAGUGCAUUCACAUACAGAGACACGAGUGCAGUCGUGUUUUUAUACUUCUACUUGUGCGCGAGUGUCGGUGUGCGAUAUACAUGUGACGUUACGUAGAUUGUAUACACUGUGACAAGCGCGGCGGCGAAAACACGUGCACACGACUUUUAGCUCGCGCGCGCGCGCGCGCAAGUUGCAUCAUUUGGAACAACGACGACUGCUGCAGACGAGCUGGCUCGAUUCUCGCCUGUGAAUCGUCUCGUGUAUUUUUUUAUUAUUUAAAAGGACGAUUAUGAUCAAGUACGCGACUAGGUUGGAGGACAAGUUGGCGCGUUGCGUCGAGCUGCAAAGGCGACUUCGGCUCGGAUGCGAAUUCUGCACGUCGACCACCGGUACCACUCCUGCUGCUGCUGCUGCUGCUGCUGGCGAUGACAGCGGCAACACCGUCAGCGGCUGCAGCGAACCAAAGCCGUUCGAGGACAUACCCGGCCCCAAGUCACUGCCGUGGAUCGGCACCCUCUACAAGUACAUACCCUAUAUCGGCGAGUACAGUUUUAAAAAGCUGCACAAAAAUGGCAUGAUGAAGCUGUGCGAUUACGGACCGCUGGUCAAGGAGGAAAUAGUCCCGGGCGAGCCGAUCGUCUGGGUCUAUCAGCCCGACGACAUCGCCGAGGUGUUCAAGGCCGACUCGGGCCGCCAUCCGGAGCGACGCAGCCAUCGAGCCCUCUACAAGUAUCGCACGGACAGGCGGCACGUCUACAAUACCGGCGGCCUGUUACCCACAAACGGCGACGACUGGUGGAAGCUGAGAAAGGAAUUCCAGAAGGAUCUGAGCAAGCCGCAGACGGUGCUGCAGUACAUCGAGGACACGGACAGCGCCGUCAACGAGUUCUCGAGGGUCUGCGAGAAAAACGACUACGAGGACGCGCUGCCUCUCCUCUCGCGACUCUUUCUCGAGCUGACGUGCCGAGUCGCCUUCGAUCUCAAGGUCAACUGCUUCUCCGACGAGGAGAUGAGGCCGGACUCGAUGAGCUCGAGGCUGAUCAACGCGGCGCUGACGACGAACUCGGUGAUACUGACGCUGGACAACGGACCGAGGCUCUGGCGUUACUUCAACACGCCCAAGUACAGAAAAUUGAUCAAGUCGCAGAUGUACAUGGAAAGUAUCGCGGAGAAAUUCGUGACGGAGAAGAUGGAACGAAUGAAGCAGGAAAACCCAGGCGAGAGAUCGUCGUUGCUCGAGAUAUACCUAAAGAAUCCGAAUUUAGAUAAGAAAGACGUGAUCGGCAUGGCCUGCGACAUGCUGCUGGCUGGAAUCGAUACCACGGCGUAUACGUCGGCCUUUUUACUUUAUCAUCUGGCACAAAAUCGCAUGGCCCAGGAGAGAUUGUACUUCGAGUCGGCGAAACUGAUGGAAGCCACCAACAACGUCAUCACCGCGGACACUUUGAAGAACGCCGUGUAUACCAAAGCUGUGAUAAAAGAAACAAUGAGACUGAAUCCGAUUUCCGUGGGCGUUGGACGAAUCCUGCAAACCGAUCUCGUUCUCAACGGUUACCUGGUUAAAAAAGGAACGAACGUAGUGACCCAGAACCAAGUGUCGUGUCGAUUGUCCGACUUCUUCGAGUCCCCGAACGACUUCGUGCCCGAGAGAUGGCUGAGAGAUCGAAACGCGACCGGACAAGCCAAGAUACAUCCGUAUCUGGUGCUGCCUUUUGGACACGGGCCUAGAUCUUGUAUCGCUCGAAGACUCGCCGAGCAGCACAUGCAAAUACUUUUGCUGCGAACGUGUAAAAACUUGAAAUUCGAGUGGCUGGGUGAUCAUAAUUUAGAUGUAGAUUCGCUGCUUAUCAAUAAGCCAAGCAGUGCGAUCAAUUUACUUUUUCAUCGACGUUUGUGAGGUGAAAAUAAAAUAAGCCGUAAUAUUGUUCCUUAAAAAUCAUCAUCUGUAAUAUCUCGAAUAAAUGUUAUUACAAUAU